CGAGAAAAAGUAGUUACUCUUGUUGCUAAGCUUGCAAGUGGAUGGCGGCGUCUCCCAAAAAUGGAUAUAAAUGCUAAAGUGGACACGGAAGGAAAUUCAAGAUUCAGAACCUUUGAGAUCUGUAAGCAAGUGGUUUCCUUUCUAGGAAGUCUUGGUAGCAUCUGGCGUCAACCGGAUAAAGAUGGAAAUGCUGAAGAAUACAGAGAAGAAGCUAAAACAUGUCCAAUUCUCGAAAAGUACAAUGUUACACAAGACUUGUGUUUGAUUUGGGCGGUAGACAUUGUAGUAAAAGAUUCUCUUUGCAUCCAAGUGCUAAAGAUCUGGGACAUCUUGCCAUUUUCUAAGAUUGAUGAAAUGGAGAAGGAUUGGAUGGAAAAAGUAUAUGGGAAUUAUACUAAAAGCAUGAUGAACCGCUGUAAAGAAAAAUGCGUUCAGGGGAAUCUUACACUCCCGAUUACAUGGCCCGUAAACAUGGAAACUGAUUCAAGUUGGUCCUUAGUAAAUCAGUUAGCAGCGAUGAGCUUGAGGAACCAGCAUGGAUCAGGAUCAUCAUCAGCGUCAAGAGUUUCAGUUAUCGGGGGAGGUUUGUAAAAAGAAAUGAACCAGGCAAGAUUAAAGAUCUCAUGUAAGGGGAAGUUAUGUCGUAAAAACAGCCUUUCGCCUAUAUCCUUUUUGCAGGAACUAAGUUUGAA